AUGGAGAACAAUCAUAUUACUAUGUUCAGGUCACUUAAUGCUCAUUCCACCAAUUAUACCAUCAAAGCUAAGAUCAUAUCUAUGUGGGAUAAAAAAAUGAAUGGUUAUGAUAACCAGAUCUAUCGUGUUGACAUGUUGUUAAUGGAUGAAGAGGGUGCCUUCAUUCAAUGUAGCUGUUUACAUAAGCUUUUCAAACGGUUCCUUAAGUUUUUGGUAGUUGAUGACUGUUUAUUGAUUCAUAAACCAUCUCUAGCCAAAGAUACAACCAAGAUUAAGGUUACCGGAAAAGAUCAGAAGCUAUCUUUUUAUGCUUUCACGUCUGUUCUGAAAACUGAUAACUGGUCUGGUCCUCGGUACUUAUUUAAAUUCACUGAUUUUAAAUCUGUGUUGAGUAAAAAAAUUGAAGUGAAUACACCAAUAGAUUUCAUCGGUUAUUUGGUUGUCUCAUAUCCUAUUGAAGAUGUAAAUAGGAAGGAUGGAUCUAAAACAAAACGAAUGAGCAUUACCUUGAAGGAUCUCGAAGAUCAGAAGAUUAGUGUAACGUUGUGGGAAAAUUAUGCAAUCACUUUGUCAAACUACAUGAAUGACAAAAAUCGACCUGCUCAUGUGGUUAUACUUGUCCAUUUUGGAACAGUUAACAUAUAUCAAGGUAAAGUUGGCCUCACUAACAUGUUUGAAGCAAGUCGUGUCUUCAUAAAUUCUGAUAUUCAUGAGAUCAAAGAAUUCAAAGACAGAUAUCUUGAGAAGGAGUUUUCUAAAUCAUCUUCAAGUAAACAAUCAUGCUCACAAGUGAUAUCGAAUACAGAAGAUGAGUUUCUAAAUGCUGAAGAUUUUGUUUUGACCGGUUUUAUUGCUUCAAUUGAUGUGGAGAAAAAGGUUAUCAUUGUUGGUACUAUUAUAACUAUUUCAAAUGAUAAGCCUUGGUAUUAUUUAUCAUGCAAUGUUUGUAAGAAGCAAAUUGAAGAGAAAACUGAGUUGGUUGAAAGAGAUGAUGGCAGCUUUGACGUGUUGGAUGACAAGUCGUUUGAGUGUAUAAACCCAGAUUGUGAUGCUGUUGACAUUGUUUCUGUUCAUCGAUACAAGAUACCUCUAAGGGUUCAGGAUUCAACUGGAACCAUUUCCUGUACUUUGUUUGAUUAUGAAGCUAUUAAGCUUUUGAAAAAAACCUCGAAAGAACUGCUAGAUAUCUACUCAAAGGUUGACACUUCCACCGAAGGAUCGUUUCAAUCACUUCCAUCUGAGUUUGAUGUGUUGUUGAACAAAAAGUUUGCAUUCCAAAUCAAAAUCUCCAAUUUUAACAUUACCAACCAGGUUGAAAACUAUGGGAUUUCAAUGUUAUCUUCCGAUGAGGAUCUACUUUCUGCUCUGGAGAAAAAAUGGAAAUUUAAUGAGUCUGACUUGUCUAAGUCAAAUGUUCAAAGUUUGUCCGAUUCAGUUGGUAAUGUCAAAGGUUUAGGGAAGUUUCAGGAAUCUCAAUCUGUGAUGGGUGACAGCGUUACGCCAGAUCCUAUAGAUGGUAGUGAUCAAGAUGCGACGAAGUUCGAGAACAUUAAACGUAACCUGGAAGAUGUUUAUGAUGUUGAUGCUGUUGAUAGCUCUUCUACUAAACGUCGUAACAGUCCUGGGAAUGUUGAAAUAAACGAUGCUGAAAUGCUCCAAGACCAAGGUUUGUUCAUUUCUUCUUCUGUUUUGAUGGAGUUGUGGCCGCGUGAACUCAUUGAACUGUAUGGACUUCAUGAUCAACAUGCAAGUGAAGAGAACGUAAACGUUAUAGAGGAGAUGGUGGUUAUUGAAAAUGGUGAACGUACUAUUUAUCAAGUAUAUGAUAAUGACAAUUAG